AUGAAACAGGGGGGCUUGGAGGAAGGAGAUGGCGAAGGGCAGUGGCCGCCAUGGCUGAAGCCACUGCUCUCCGCGCAGUUCUUCAAGCAAUGCAAGCACCACGCCGACUCCCACAAGAGCGAGUGCAACAUGUUCUGCCUCGACUGCGUCAAUGGCGCCCUCUGCUCCGUCUGCCUCGCCUUCCACCAUCGCGACCACCGCACCAUCCAGGUACCUCCUCCCUGCCCAUUUCCACAUUCAUCCUCCUUCGCUGACCCUCCUCCCCCGCGGUCAACCCGUUCCCCUUCCAAAAAUCAAACCCCACUGCGCAGUCGUCGAUUUCCACCUCGUGCUUCUUCCUCUCUCUCUCUCUCCCCCACCCAUUUCCACAUGGCGCUUGUCGAAAUCAAACCCCUUCCCCUCCUUCCUUGCCCUCCCCUUAGUUGACCCUUCUCCCCAUGCUCAACCCUUCCCCUGCAGAAAUCAAAUCCCAUUGGGCAUUCGCCGAUUUCCAGCUCUGAUCUCUCUCUCUCUCUUUCUUUCCCAAUGCCUGUUAUUGGCGGCGGAGUAGUUGACCGAGGUGCUUCAUGGGCAUGGCAGAUACGGAGGUCGUCGUACCACGACGUGAUCAGGGUUUCGGAGCUUCAGAAGGUCCUGGACAUCGGCGGCGUUCAGACGUACAUCAUAAACAGCGCCCGCGUCGUCUUCCUCAACGAGCGCCCGCAGCCCAGACCAGGCAAGGGCGUCACCAACACCUGCGAGGUCUGCGACCGCAGCCUCCUCGACUCCUUCCGCUUCUGCUCCCUCGGCUGCAAGGUCAACGCUCCCCACUUCCUCCCUGUCCUUUUUUCCCCUUAAAAAUGCAUCACAUAAUCCCUUCCAAAUCAUGGGCAAUCGAUCAAUCGGAGUUCUCGGAUUCUAUCCGUUCAAUCUCGCAUUGUAUUUAUGUUAAACCCACGUUGACUAAUUUUCAUUCUCGAUCAGUUUAUUCCGAGUUUGACGAUCCUCAUUAUUCUCCCAGAUUGCGGGGACCUCGAGGAACUUCCAGAGGCACGGCAAGAACAAGAAACGGGCGGCGGCGGCGGCUGCGGGGGGGGGCUCUGACUCGGAGGAGUCGUCGAUCACAGCGAAGAGCGACAAGAGCACCACUCAGAGCUUCACCCCCUCCACGCCGCCGGCGACCUGCGUCAACUACCGCACCAACAAGCGCCGCAAGGGCAUCCCCCACCGAGCUCCCCUCGGCAGCCUCAUUGCAGAGUAUUACUAG